AUGGAGCAGAUCCAGGCGCCCUCCGCGCUGUCCCAGUCGCAGUUCUCGCCCACCGCCAGCGCCCUCCACGUCGCCUCGGUGCAGCACAACAUUCGCGUACUCGGCCAGGUCGCAACACUUACAGCCUGCUUUGCUGGCCUCGUCGCCGGCAUCAUCGGCCUGACAAAUUGGUCCGGGUUCGCGCUCUACCUCCUCACAUCGCUCGCCUCGGGAGCCACCGUCGCCGCGCUCAAGUGCCACGGCAACGUCGGCAAGUACUCGCCCCAGGCUCACGCGAGCGCUGGUCCGCAAGGCGCCGCGCAAGUGGUUGCCUGGAAGGGAUGGCUGGGCGUGAUGGGUAUUGGACAGGAAAACCUCUUGGGCUUUUUGCUGUUCUGGAUUGGAGGAUAUGCCCUCAUUCACGUGUAUGACUAG